AGAGGCGCUCUGACUCCAUUCAGUUCAGAGCCCUUCACGGCCAAGGAGCUGUGCAGACUGCUGCAAGACAGGCUCUGGAUAGCACAACAAGGACAGCUUUCCCCUUGUGAUUGUCUGAAAGGAUCUGUUCGUAUGGAUUAUAUUCUUUUAGGACUAUUAAAUACUAUAAUUUAAAAAUAGCCGUGCGUAAUUCUGUAUAAAUAUAACAUUCUCCAAAAAGUGGGGUGCUGUGUUUCUUGUUUGAUAUUUCAGUAAACUGAACUGAGGUUUGAAGCCUGUUUGUUAGAGGGUGAAGGACAAGUGCAAUAUGUGUUAGAGUUGUCUCUUGGGAUUGUUCCACUUGCGCCUGAGGAGCUAUGUCGAGCUGCAGCACAGAACGCGUUCAAGAGGGCGCAGUCCAGUGUGAAUAACAAGAGUCAACCUCCAGCCUCUUUAGUUCUUCUGAAUUGCAAGUGCAGCACGGAGCCUGACUGAGCAGCUCUGACACCCAGGUUUCUCUCCUCGAGGGGAUGGUUGUGGAUCCUCUGGGGCCAGGAGCAACUCCGCGGCUCCUACAGAGCACCUUUUUCUUGUUUGAGGACUUUUCUAAAUUAAAGGGAGAUGAGAGCCGCACUUUGUUACUUCCUGCUGUGGACGACGUACCUGCUGCUGGCCACCGCUGAGGAAGUGGAGUUUCCCCAGGAGCUGAUAGACAGGCUGUCCCACAGUGAAAUCCACAGCAUCAGCGACCUCCAGCGGCUACUGGAGAUUGACUCCGUAGGUACGGGAAAUGAUGUUAUCGAAGAGCCCAAGCACCACAACCACCACAAGAACUACUCUCAUCAUCGUGGUUACUACAGUGACCUGAAGAGCUCUCAGCUCCAUAGUCGACGCAAGAGGAGCAUUGUAGAGGAGGCGGUCCCGGCGGUGUGUAAGACUCGAACGGUGAUCUAUGAGAUCCCCAGGAGCCAGGUGGACCCCACAUCUGCAAACUUCCUGAUAUGGCCACCCUGUGUAGAGGUGAAGCGCUGCACAGGCUGCUGCAACACCAGCAACAUGCGUUGUCACCCUUCCCGCAAGCACCACCGCACCGUUAAGGUGGCUAAGGUGGAGUAUGUGAGGAGGAAACCCAAGCUGAAAGAGGUCUUUGUGCGAUUAGAAGACCACCUGGAGUGUGUGUGCACGUUGCAGCAUCAUAUGGUGGAGAACCCAGAGGCAGAAACGGGCCAUCGUAGGGCUAAAGUCCGCUGGAGAGCUAUGAAGGCAACAGGUAGGACUUUAGUGUCCUCUUGGCAUUCUCUCACCUUCUGGCACUGCACUGGCCCAAUCAGGAUGCAAGAAGGGCCUGCCAAUCACCACCACCAAUCACAUCACAGCCAAUCAAUUGGAUGUGAGGUGAGGCCAAUCAGAACAAGGGAUUUCAGUGUGGGAGGGAGCUAAAUAGAGGAUGCCACCAACAGGAGACCUGCUCUGUCCUCUUCCCCAGCACCACGAAAACUUCUUUUAAAAAGACAAACUUUUUUGUAAAGAUGAGAGUGAAAAAUAAACAAUAGACAAAAAUAAAUAAGAUGCCAAAGGUGCUUUAAAAAAAGAUAACCAUUAACCAGUGAUGAUGACUUCAGCUGUGGAACGCCAAGUCCCCAGACACCGGAAUCCUAUCGCUGACUACGAAGACAAAGAUGCUGUGAAGCUUGGGCAGGGUGAAAAGAGGCCAAAGGGAGAUGAUGAGAACAAUUUGUGUUGAACAGUUUGACAGACUUAGUUUGAACAAGCUGCACAAUAGAAACAACCAUCACACAGUUGGAUUAAGUGUUUGCGGAAAUCCAGUGUUCAGGCUCCAAAACAGCAGUGGAUGACCUCUAGCUGGGCGACAUAAAAGUGCCCUGCCCUGUUUAAAUGACCCUUGCAUACACAGGAAGAAAGAAAAAGAGAUAUAGGAAAACAAUGGAGUUAUAGAGAUUUUUUUUUUUCAAAAGACUAUGGAGCAUGAAACAUUUAGUUUUUCGCUCGGAGGAAAAAGGAUAUUUUGUUUGAGACCUCUGGUGGUCUAUGACUUUGCCCACCUGCUAUGUACAGUUACAUUUUCAAAGGAAUAUGCGCCAAUACUCAUACAAACUAUUUAUACGUCUGGACGGUUGCUUUCUGUCUCUUCCAGUACAAAUGAAAAGGAUGUUUUUUAUGAUUUUGGAGACAUGCAAGAGUUCUGUGUGGUUCAUUUUUUUGUAACCAUCAGUUUCACAAUCUGAGCAUCCUUUUGUUUAGUUGUUGUUAUUCUUGUCAUCUAUGUUUCUUAUUAUAUUACCGUAUAUCUGAAUGAUGUCAAGUCUUGUAUAUGGUUUGGAUAUAUGUAUGCAAGGAGGAGAUGUGAGUCAGUACAGGAAGAUGCUUUAUUUUUGUUAUGAAAUAUAUUAUGCUUACUUAUAUCAAAGCAGGAAUUAUGUUUAAUUCUUUUGUUGUGGUUCGAUGCCUGUAUUUAAUCCAUUGGAAAGGUGCAAAAAUGUGGGCCUAGAGUGGAUUAGAUGAGAAAUGGCCACCAGUACUUGUUAGUCCGUGUGUGUCGGUGAAUUAGAGCUAUGAAAAGGGGGACGGAAUGGCUCAAACAUGAUAACUUUAUAGUUAGUAGGCAUAAUGUGGUUUAGUUUACUGCUGUGAUAAGCACCGAAUCCUUUAUGUAAGUAACAUUUUACACAAAUGUGCAUUCAGCACAUUACAGUGUGUGCAUGCCAAUCACAUAAACACACAAAAAUGUUAGAGCUGCUCAUGUCUGCAAAUGUGUAAGAAGAGGGAUAAACAGGGUGUGCAUGUGUUCAUGCAUAUCGCACAGUUGAUAAGGAAGAUGCCCGCCCGGUCUGCUUCACAAGCACACAUGUUGUGCUUGCACAGAGCAAAGUCCACUUUAAAGAGUGAAUAAGUGAGCAAAGCAAAUCAACAAGUGCAUGAAUGGGCUCCUUGUUUAGCAAGACCUUACUCCUCUGUUGACAAGAGAACAAAUCUUUGACUGCUCCACCCUUUAAAAGGACCCACAACUUAUGCAGUCACAUACCAUUAGGACAGAUGAUGAUGAGUGCUUCAAGGUGGCCUGAAAACAGUAGAGUGCUGGCCUUAACCGCUGACCCGAUGGAACAAACAAUUGCUUCCUCACCGGUUCCUAUAACAGUGAUUUGUAACCAGACCAAUGCGGUGCAGAAACAAUGCUUGUCUUCCACCCUGUGUCCAAAUGAGGAAAUCUGAGAUUGAGAGAUGUGCUCUGUGAAGUGAGUCAAGUGAAAGUCAAAAGAGAAGAGUUUGACUGAAACGUAGCUGUAUCAGCUACUGCUGACUUGUGAACAUUAGAGCUAACACACACAUACACACAUCCCACCUGUGAAUUAGCUAGCCAUCAGUUGAAUGGUGCUAUAUUUAUAAGGCUAAUGUUUCAUCACUGUUCACAUCAAUGUAAGAUCAUGUUGUCAGCCAACCAGGGACCACACUUCAAGCUUUUUGAUUAAGGAAAAUGCCUUUAUGCUAUCAUUAAGCCUUCAUGAUGUUUCUUUUGGGCUUCCAUUGGAUAAAGGCAGC